GAACAACUAGUUUCAUCCCCACCACCACUUUUCUUCCUUUUCCAACUCAAUCACACCCAACUCAUCAUUCUAACUAAAAACAUCUUUUCAUUUCUCCAUCUACUUAUAUUCAUUCCCUUUUGAAUAGAGUUGAUCGCGAUUAACACAGAUCAAGUUGCACGUUUAUGUGUUUCUUGUGAUUAAAAGCAAAGAAAAGAAAAGGUGCGGUGGUGAUAAAAGAUGUUACAGAGGGCAGCAAGCAACGCAUAUUCGUGGUGGUGGGCUAGCCACAUUCGAACCAAGCAGUCAAAAUGGCUCGAGCAAAGCCUUCAAGAUAUGGAAGAGAAGGUUGCCAACGCCAUGAACCUCGUUCAAAAAGAUGGCGAUUCAUUUGCCAAGAGAGCGGAAAUGUACUACAAGCACCGGCCCGAGCUCAUAGCCUUCAUUGAGGAGAGUGUUCGUGCUUAUCGAGCAUUAGCCGAGAGAUACGACAAACUCUCGACCGACUUGCAAAAGGCCAACACCACCAUCGCUUCGGUUUUCCCGGAUCAACUUCCUUAUGACACAGACUACGAAGAUGAUGAUGAUGAUGAAAAUGAUAACCGGCCCAAAAUGACCAAAAACACAGGCCCGGAUCCACCCAAGGCCCCAGAAACUAUGAAGGCUUUUCUAACCAAUGGCCCAAAGAAACACAUUGUCAAGAAGCCCACCAAAGCAGAUAACCAUAACGGUUUUAUGAAAUCCGGUUUAACGAAAGAAGAGGCCAUCGACGAGAUCGAUAAACUUCAGAAAGAUAUUCUUUCUAUGCAAACGAUGAAGGAGUUCACGAAAAGCUCGUAUGAAUCCGGGCUAGCAAAGUUCUCAGAAAUUGAGAACAAGAUCAUUGAAAUGCAACAAAGAGUUUGUGAUUUACAAGACGAGUUUAAGGUAGUUAAAGGUAUAGAGGACGAUGAUGCGCGUGCUAUAAUGGCAGAGGCUGCAUUGAAGUCGUGUGAAGAGAGUUUGGCUAAGUUACAAGCAAAACAUGACGAGUCAAGCCACGAAGCAAGAUUAGAGCGCGAGAGGAUUCAAAAUGUUAAACAGCAACUUGAGUCGUUUAAACAUGAGUACCUGCAGUUUACUGAUGAUCAUCAUGCUCAUGCUCAUGAUCAUGAUCAUGAACAUGAACAUGAAAGCGAGCAAAAUGAGUUACAAGAAAAGAUCAAAGAAACCCUCGAGGAGCUUUCAAAGAAACCGUUGACAGUUACAGAAAUGGCAGAUAUGAUUGACAAGCUCGUGAACACAGUGCUCGGCUUAGAAACGUUGGUGUCAUCACAAAGUGCACUGAUCGACAGGUUGAGAACAGAAACCGAUGAUCUUCAGAUACAAAUCCAGAAUCUGGAACAAAAUAAAUCAACUAAUUCAAUCGGUGCGGCGCAUAAUUUGGCAAAAACUUUCAAGGAUGUGGAGAAAAAACUGGAUGGGGUACAAGAUUUAGGCAUGAACAUUGAGAACCAAAAUAACCGGCUCAAUAUGCACUUCACUGAAGCCCAUUGCAAUGUCCAUCACUUGUUUGAGCACAUCAAUGAUGUGAAGCGCGACGGGGACUUCACACUUAGUGAACCUUCGACGAACGACGAAGAGAUCAUCAAGAUAACAACAGGUUCUUCCCCGAAACACGUACCCCAGCCCCUGAAUUCAAUGUCAAAAGAACGCGUGGAAGAAAAAGAAACCAACUGCGCGAACGAUGAUGUGGAGAACAACAACAAGAUCACCUCCGAAACAACAACGGAUGAUGUUCUGAAAUCGGAGGAAAUUAGAUGGCAAGAACUAUUGUCGGGCGGUUUAGAUGAUAAACAAAAGGUUCUUUUACAAGAGUAUACAACAAUCUUGAGAAAGUACAAGACCGCGAAAAAAGAACUAGCCGAUGAAGAGCGGAAAAACCAAGAAACGUUCGAUGAAAUGAAAGCGUUGCUAGCAAAACAGGACUAUGAAAUUCAAAAAAUGAAACAAAAACUCAAACUUCUGCAAGAAGUUAACGAGGAGACCGACAUCAAAUCCAUCUUCAUAGACAAACCCAACCAGGUUUCAGAGAUUGAAGCAAAGCUAAGAACCGACAUCGAUGCAAUACUUGACGAGAAUCUUGAUUUCUGGUUAAGAUUCAGCUCAACAUUCCAUCAAGUACAAAAAUUCAAGACAGAAGUAGAAGAUCUACAACAAGAAAUUAUAAAAGUGAAAGCUAAAGGAAGCGACGGGAGAUCCAGCAUAAGAUCAGACAUCAACGCGAUAUUCAAACACCUUAAGGAGAUACAAACCGAACUUAAGAUAUGGUUAGAACAAAGCGCGUUAUUGAAGAAUGAAUUACAACGAAGAUUCGCGUCGUUAUUCGACAUCCAGGAGGAGAUAAAGAGAGCUUUGAGGGAAGGUGUUGAAGAGGAUGAAAUUAAGUUUAAUACACAUCAAGCUGCAAAGUUUCAAGGUGAAGUAUCCAACAUGCAACAAGAAAACACUAAAGUUAACCAAGAACUUGAAGCAGGUUUAAACCAUGUCACGGCACUGCAAGUUGAAACCGAAAAGACUCUAAAAAGGUUAGAAGACGAGUUUAGUCUUUCCGAUCAGAAGCAACCGCGGUCGCCUAAUCGCCCACAUGUUCCCUUACGCUCGUUAAUCUUCGGGGCUAAAUCGAAAAAGCAAAAACCGUCUAUUUUGGCAUGUAUAAACCCUCACAAGAAACUCACAGCAUCAAGCAUCAUGUAAAAAUUUGUUAUGUUAUAUACAUAUAUAUAUAUAUAUAGAGAGAGAGAGAGAGAGAGGGAUGUUUUUAUCAAUGAUAUGCUGAGAGCCACGAGAAACGCAUAAUGCAUUUGUACCUAUUGUUUUAUAUGUGAUUGAUACACAAGAUGAUUUUGUAA